GAUGGGAAGCAGUAAGGAACUCAGCCUCCGAUGUGUUCCGCACACGUGCCAUCGUCGUCGGACUGCAAGGCCGGUACAAGAGCCUCCGUCUGAAAGCUGGUUUCGACACACGUUCCUGAUCGAAGAGUGACUGCAGAGCGGAGAGGAACGAAGGAACUCCCCCCCCGGACUCGCCUCUUCGAGUGAUAAUGGAUAUUACCGAAGCAUUCAGGGGCGAGGAUAUAUCAAAGACAGACUUCUUCGACUUCGUGGUGGCGCCGGAAGUGGGCGAGCACCAGCAGGGGUUGCAGUUCAGCAAGACUCUCAAGUCCAUGGGGAUCUUCAUCGAGAACUCGGCCAGCCACCACGGCCAGUUGAACCACCACCACCACCACCACCAGGUGCCCGCCGGCUACCAUCAGGACAUGAAGGAGGCCAACAACAACAACCUGAUGCUCAGCUCCACCUCCUCCUCGUCCGACGGCGCCAUCCUCAGCAACUUCGUCGACAACUCGUUCUGGGGCUCGACGGCCUGCGACAAGGAGGCCGUGCGCCUCGAGACCGCCAUCUUCGAGGACCUCAACAAGUUCUGCUGGGGUCACGACCAGGAGGUGGCUUCCCCCGGGGGCGGGAGCCACAAGGGGGAGACCUCCGCCCAGUGCGCUGCCGCCGCCAGCAACACCCCCUCCGCAGCCCCCGCCGUCUCCGUCGGCAACGUCAACAACACCGACGGCGCCAUCUACACCCUCACCAUCCUCAACGGCGGCGGCGGCGGGGGCGGGCCCGAGGCGCCGGAGGGGAGCGGCCUCUGGUACAAGCUGCCCGUCGCCAGCCACAGCCCCAAGGCGGAGGACAGCAGGCAGCCCCCGCUGCCGUCGCCGCCCCACGCGCCGCCGCUCGACCUCGACUCCAUCCUGAGCAUCAUGCCCCACCCCUCGAUGGCGAACGGUCACCACCACUACCCGCACAACGGCUACCACCAGGUGGGCACGCCGAGCCCGCACCAGGAGGUCUCCGUGAAGGUGGAGGCGCAGUUCGGCUACGACGACGGCGCCUACGGCAACAAGGACUGCGACGGGAGCAGCCCGAUGGAGCCGCGGGACUUCACCACCACCACCAACAACAACAACAACGACUGGAAGCUGUCGGACAACAACGGCGGCGCCGAGUCCCUCCUGAGGAGCGCCCUGCAGGGCAAGUCCUUCGUGGCCAGGUACAACGGCGCGCUCAAGCCCUCCUCGGAGGGCGCGCCGCCGCAAGAGGUGGGCGACGACCGCCACAACCCCAACUCGGCGCACAGCGUGGACGAGCUGCUGCUGUCGCAGCUGGACUCGGCGUCCUACCCCGAGGACUACGAGAAGCUGAAGCGGAUAGCCAACGAGGUGGCGGAGAGCGCGAGCCAGUACUGCGGCAUGGCGGGCAGCCCGCCGUACCUGCCGCUGGCGGAGGGCAUCAUCGGCCACCCCCCGCACCACCUGGUGCACCUCCCCGCGGUGCCCGCGGCGCCGCCGACCCCCAAGAAGAAGUACAGCAAGGCCAAGAGCGGCGCCAAGGGUGCGCAGGCCCAGCCGGCGGGCGGCGUGCGCAAGGAGCGGUCCCUGCACUACUGCAGCAUCUGCAACAAGGGCUUCAAGGACAAGUACUCGGUGAACGUGCACGUGCGCACGCACACGGGCGAGAAGCCCUUCACGUGCACGCUGUGCGGCAAGAGCUUCCGCCAGAAGGCGCACCUCGCCAAGCACUACCAGACGCACAUGGCGCAGAAGAGUGGUCCGGCGCCCGCCAAGUCCUCGUCGGGCAAGGCCCGCUUCGGCGGCGGCAAGUCCUCGUGAUCCAGCCGAUCCAAGACCUACUGGGCGUCUCGGCAGCUACAGCGUGCCCCAAAACUCGCGUCUCACGAUCUGAUACAUCUGUGCAAGACUCGUGAUGGGCGUCAGUUUCAACACGUAUCACUACCAUGAUGAAAAAACAGGUGUCUUUAAACGUACUUAUCAGUAAUUUAAAUCAUUUCAUUACUAUAAUACAUGCGAUCUUCAUCCAAUUUACAUUCCACAGAUUUUUACCUUAUGAGGUCAGACCUUACGAGGACAGGCUGUGUACUGUCGCUUCCUCUUUGUCCGCCUCUUGGGUUUUAUCACCGAGUCAAGAACAGAUCAAGCCUUCGUUUGAACAACCAUCGAGGCUUAACUUAGUGAUGGGUGCCUGUCUAGUACGCUCUUUGAAACGCCUCGGAUUUUUUAUAUGUUUCUCGCCUCAGAAAAUAAACUUAGAAAUGAUAUUGUUUCAAGUUAAGUGAUACUACUGUUUCUUUCCUGAUCUGGAUCUCAAUUUCCAUUGCAUUUACAACUUUUUAAGGACUAACAAGAGACUGGGCAAUGAUUAUAAAUUAGGUUUCCAGUUCUUAUCAAGAGACUGAUGUAGCUGUGGCAAAACUACUUAACAUCUACAUUUUUCGCUGCUUGAUCGCUUGAUCUUCUGUUUUAAGAUAAAAUACCUUUCUCUUCAAGGUACUUUAUAUCUUCUCAAGCUUAAUUUUUGUCAGUGUUUUAAGUGCCAAGAAGAUUUUUAUUUGAAUUUAUCUUAUGUGGAAGAUAUUUAUUGCUGUGAUCUAUGCUAGGCAGAAGCACAAAAAAAAACUUCUGGUACGACUUUGUUAGAAUGAUUUAUAUUGUAUUUAUUCAGUAUAUUGUAAGUAAGUGCGUUUUGCACUAUCAAAUAACUAACCUCUUAAAAUAGCCAUUUCCACAUGUUUCUUCCUGUGUAGAUUGCAUCCCAUGCACAACAGAAAAAUUCAUGUCAGCUUAUACUGUGCAUCUCAUUCUAAAAGUUACAAAUCUAUACCUAUAAUUUCAUACAUGGUUCAAGAAUAAUAAUGGUUUUAAUUUUUCAACUAUUUAUACACCAACAUGUAACGUAGUAAUAAUUUCAGUCUUUAAAGUAGUCUUUCAUCUAGGCUAUUUAUAUCUACUGUAAUUGUUAAUGACGUAAUAUAAAAUUCAACAUAAUCUUUACUUUGAACAAAUUUUAUUGUUAACUAAAUAUCUUAAAAGGUAAAAAAAAACACAUUCUUUGUUUAUUUUUUACUUACAUAAGUACAGUCAUUGCAAGUUCCCAUGUAAAUCAUAUUUCACAACAAAUAAUGUAUAAUAGAAAAAAAUUAUAUUUUCACCUUUAAACUACGCACAGAAAAACUCAUGCGGCAAACCAAAAAUAAUUUUUAGUAAUCUUAUUCAAACCGCUAUUAUAAAUUAUCUUGAAUUUUACCUUGCGAUGUAUCAAUUGCUGCUUUUUUUUUUUUUAACAGCAACCGAUCAAAUAAAAUUCUGACCACUGUCGGUUGCAAGAUGAAGCCUUGCGAAUAAUUUGAAUAUAAAACAAACAGCGAAUGUUGCCACAACAAAUUCAGCUAGUUUGUUUAGUUCCAAACAAUAUUUUUUUUAAUAUGUUAAAAUGCACUUAAUGAAAAUAAUAAUCUUACUAGAAGAUACAUGCGCUUAUUUAACUAAUUUACAGAUGACCAAAAUAUUUUAGUUAGCAGGUCCAAAUAUUGUGAUAUUUCUGAGACAAAUUACAUUAUAAAAUAGCUUUCUUUGCCACAACAAAUGAUUUUUUUUAAUAUGAGCCACUACAAAGUUAUAUUUUUAAAAAAAAUUGAUUAAUAUUUUUUUUAGUAAAACCAUUCUCAUUUAAAUAGAACGAAGUUAGUACUAUUACUACAAAUAAAAGUUUUUGUUAUACGCCAAACUAUUGAUGCUUCAAGGAUAUAUUAAAGUCAAAACAAACAAAUCACAUAAAAACAAUUUGGUAGCAAUAAUAAUCCUGUUGAUGUUAUUUAUAUUUUUUUAUUUGCCACAAAGAAAGUUUUUCUCACAGUGUAGUAGUCAACUAUCAUGAGGCUUCAAGUCCUUCGACAGGUUGCAACUUGUAACAUGAGAGUUAUACAUAUAACUGACACGAGUAAAAUUAAGCUAAGUCCUAAACUAGAGAUCUAUGUACUCUUAUUUACUCAGACAUUAUCGUGGUGCCCAUAGAAAUACGUUUCUCGUGUAAAUGCGCAAGCCUGUAAGUUAUGAUUGUUCGACAAUAAUUUCUCAAGUAUUAAUAUAGAUGUAUUAACAUACAGGUCUAUAUUCAGAAAUAUUUUCUUAAAUAGUUUCUGAACACAUCCUAUUAAUCGAUUAACUAAAAAAAUCUGUAAACACUUGAUUAAACUUCAAUUUUUUUACACUCAGAAUCUUUUUUCGUACAUUUUUGGAUGUAGUUUAUCUGUGACCAACUAGUCACGUGUUUUUCUGGAAACAAUUUUUUGGAAACAUUUCAAAACUUUCUUUUGCAAUUUAAAUGUUCUAUUUUCUCGCCACAUUCUUUGCUUCGCUAUAUUAUGUGCGUUUUAUUUUUGUUAUUCAAACAAAGAAUUUUGUUUUAUGAGAUCUGUAGUUGAGAGAAAUAAAUAUUUUUGGUUUAAAACUUUGCUCUAAACAAUGCAAAUUAAUUUAAAAUAAAUAUGGAUGUGGUGAAAACUGCAGAUAAAUUUAAAAAAAACUAAAUAUAAGAAACCAAAACUGGAAAAAAAGAUUAACAACACAAAUACAUUAUAAGCAAACCAUGCGAUCUAAUAGAUAUAAAGUUAUUCACACUUUAAACAACCUCUGGCCUACUUUUAUUAAACAAUGUCUAGUUUAGCACUGAAUAAACAAUUAGGAUGUAGUUGUUCCUUCUCAUUACUUAAAAUCGAUAUUAUUUACUUAACAUGGUGGUAUACACUAUGACUUACAAGUUAGAACAUUUUUAUAUCAAUUCUGAUAAGGCUCCAAGUGUUUAAAAUGGUACCAGGAAUUCAAAUGUUUACUUACAAGUACUUUAGCAACGUGGCGUAAAACUUGAAACUUCUAAACGUUAUUACUUUUAGCACUUUUGCUAAAAAUUAUAAUAAUAAAGAAUAAUAUGCCUGGAAUAAAUCACUCUUAUAUACAAAUAAUAUUACACAAUUUAAGUAUUGAGUUUUGAGUUUAAUUCCCAGUGGUUCAAGAUCAGAAUCAUUAGCGAGUUAAAUAAUUUAAGAAUAUUUUCCUUUGUAGCUCGGGGUGCUUUUCCAAACCGAAUUAGGCGUUAUUACGUUGUAUAACUAUGCAAGUUUUACAAACAUUAUUUACUUUGUUUAAAUAAAUGCUUGACCCUAAAGUUUUCGUGGAAAUUCUGAACAUUUCUUAGGUGCACACACUCAGCUGAAACCGCAUGGCCUUUCAGGCAUUAUUCGGGAUGCAAACUCAAGUCCCUUCUCAUCACUAGAGACCGGAAUAAUUCGCGAGUUCAUUUCGCGAUAGGCUUAAAUACAAAUAGUUAUACCUCAAUGCAGCCUCUGUUAUUGGCUCACAACUCACCUUUAUGACUCUGGGCCAAUGAGAAACACAAAACCAAAGCUGUAUCGAAUCACAGGCUGCUACGUCGGGACGUCUCACAAGACAGCAGCCAAGAAUGGGUGACAUUUAACCGAGUGUACGUAGAACUAUGGAGUUCAUCCUGCAGGUCAUUGAACCCGCGAAUUUUUUCGGUCCCUACUCAUCACAGUAUGCCGUUCCAAAAAAUCUAAUCGGUCACGUGAUUCGAGAAUGAAUUUUAGAUGAACGGCUUGGACUUGAAAGCAAUACAGUUAGGAAAAUACGCGUUAAAUAGGGAGUGUUCCAACGGGUCUUUACUGAUACUGCUGUUAGUUAAGUCAGCAAAAAAUUCUCGAGUGUCUGCAGAGUUCGCAUGACAACCAGGUUAGAAAAUUCUUAAAGACAGUAAAGAUUUCAAGUGACAACGAAAAACAUUUUGUUCCUAUUCUGCACAAAAGCUUGUUAUCUACAUGUGCUGUGAUGUUUCCCAAAAUUUUUGGAUAAAAAUUUUAUGUGUUUUCGACAAUUAUGACUAUUCUAAUGUCUGGUGUUGAAAACAUUGCUUUCCUUGCAGACUUCUUGCCUAUUGCAUGAUAUAGUUAUUAAGUUAUUGUAAAAGUAAAGUGAAAAUGUAAAAAAAAAAACUGGGAGAGAGUUUAAUAUAUUUUGUUGCUACUCUACGUACCAUUACUACUUAAGAGUUCGCCAGAAGAGGCGUUGUUUUACAAAUACUCAGUGGCAGAGACGUGCAAUUUUGUCACAUUUGUCGCAAAGUGACGGCGCUGUUUGUGUUCGUGUCUUACUGCAGAAUGUCCAUUUGCAAUCUUUUUGCAAAAUCCGUUCCUCCGUCCAUUUCACAGUUUCGCAGCUGUCGCAAGUUCAGUAAAAAAAAUUGUAGGUCUCUGCACAAACAAAAAAAAAGUUCAAAGAUUAUUAUUGAAUCUUUCUGGAUGUUUGACAAUAAACUUACCAAUAUAUAUAAAAAUAUAUUUAUAUAGAGAAUGUAUCUAUCUGUAGAAACAGGCCAAAUC